AUGUCGGGUUAUAAUACCGGCUUCGGCUUUGGCGGCGGCCGCGGGAGGGGCCGCGGGAGGGGCGGCGGCAGAGGAGGAGGGGGCGGCGGCGGCCCGUCCCCUGCGCUGCUCACCGCGAACAUCAAGAACGCGAGGACUCUCGAGGAGCUGCUGGGGCAUUGCACUGCGCAUAGGAGCAAGCUGAACCACAUCCACCUCAGCGCGGCGUGGAACUCGAUCGGUCACAAGUCCGGAAACCUUUCUCCCGACUGGUGGAGAGCGCACGACGACGAGCUCAGAUCGCUGGCGUCACACACGGCCAAGGUCGUCAGUGAGUCUUCCGAGGUUCGCGCCCGGGAGAUUGCAAACAUCGCGCACGGCGUCGCCAAGAGCGGUCGAGGCGGCGACCUGGCCGACCUGAUGGAUGCUCUCGCCCGUGCGGUGGAGAAACGCGCGUCGGACUGUAACGCACAGGAGCUAGCCAACGUCUCGUGGGCGUUCGCAAAGGCCGACCACUGCGCCGACGUCGCCCUGUUCGACGCGCUGUCCAAGGCGACGUUGGCAAAGGCAUCCGCUUGCAACAGCCAGGAGCUCACCAACCUAGCGUGGGCGUUCGCAACCGCGGGUAGGACCCAGGACGAGGCGCUUUUCGCUUCGCUCGCCAAAGCGGUGGAGCACACGCUCGCGUCGUUCACGUCCCAGGGUCUGAGCAACACGGCUUGGGCGUUUGCAAAAGUUGGGCACCUCGAAGCGACGCUGUUCAAAGCGAUUAGCCUCGCGGCGAGGUCCAAGCUCAAGACUUUCAACGCCCAAGACUUUGCAAACACGGCAUGGGCGUUCGCCAAGCUCGGCCAGUUCGACGGUGAGUUGUUCACCGCGCUGGCGAAGGAUGCGGCGAGGCACGGGGAGGGACACAACGCGCAGGGCCUGGCAAACACAGUGUGGUCCUUCGCCAAAGCUGGACACCUUGAUGAGGGCCUGUUCAAGGGGUUCGCGUCGCAGGUUCGACGGAAACUGAAGGAUUUCAACUCGCAGGAUCUUGCCAACACCGCGUGGGCGUUCGCAAAGGCUUGCCAUCCGGAUGAGUCCCUGUUCGCGUCGAUAUCCGGUGCUUGCGUGGCGUGCCUCGACGACUUCAACGCGCAGGAUCUGGUUAACACGGCUUGGGCGUUUGCAAAGCUGGGGCAUUUUGAUCAGUCGCUCUUUGCCGCUGUCGCGAGACGGUUCAGGGACAGCGGCGCUAUGAACGACGACCAGCUAGGCGCUCAAUUUAUCGCGAACGUGGCGUGGGCGUUUUCAAAGGCGUCCGAGGCUGGAAAGCUCGAACAGGCCACGUCCGAGGAGCUCUUCAGAGAUUUGGCAACCGCCGCGGAGGCGAGCGUCGCGGAUUUCACCGCUGCUGACCUGGCCAACGUCGCGUGGGCAUUCGCGAACGCCAAUCAGAUGGACCCGACCCUUUUCCAGUCGCUCGCGAACCGUGCCGAGAACUUCCUAGACGACUUCAACGACGAGGAGCUGGACAACGCUGAAUGGGCGUUUGCUCGGGCGGGAAUGCACCGCAUCGUGAAGCGCCUGAAGCAAAACAGGAAGCGGGCGGUUGAAGACGCUGCCGCGGCGAAGGCUGAGGUUGGAGAGGUGGACGUAUCUGGUUGCGGAACUAUCGUGGUGGCGGGCGGGGGCAUCGGAGGCGCAGCUUGCGCUGUCGCGCUGCAGAAGCGAGGGUUCCACGUGGUCGUAUUGGAGUCUGACCCGAGCUUUGACGCGAGGAAACAGGGCUACGGUUUGACGGUUCAGCGACAGGACGCGGUGAAUGCCAUGGGAAUCGACCUGGCCGCCGACGACGCGCCGUCCACGUCUCAUUACACGUUUGACGAUAGGGGCCACAUUCUGGGUGUGUUUGGCGAGGCGUUUGGCGGUAGGGAUACGGGUAAAGAGCGCAAGGAGUGUAAGAACAGUGGGCGCUUUAUUCACAUCCCGAGGCAAGUUCUUCGGUUGAGGCUUCUAGAGGCUGUGCGACCCGGGACGAUUCGGUGGAACAGCAGGCUCGAAGGAUUUAAGACGUCCAAGAAGAAACCCAAGUCGAUCAGGGUGAAGCUGACAGGCGGGGACGCCAUCGACGCGGCGUUGCUCGUGGGAUCAGACGGUAUCUUCUCGACCGUUCGCAGGAAACUUGCGCUGCCCGGCGACCGGCUGAACUAUGUCGGGCUGAUGGUCGUGCUCGGCAUCGUCGACGACUCAAUCCUGAACGUCCCGCUGACGAAGCGACGAAUCUUCGAGACCGUCGAUGGCUCGACGCGCAUCUACGUUAUGCCGUUUACCACCUCGUCGACCAUGUGGCAGCUCUCGUUCCCUAUGGAGGAGAAGGAAGCAAGGGAGCUGGCGAAGGAUCAAAACGCACUCAAGAUGGAAAUCACGCGACGAUGCGCCGCGUGGCACGAACCGAUCCCCGAGUUGCUCGCAAACACCCCGCUCGACGGUUUCUCGGGGUACCCGGUGUACGAUCGCGAGUUACUGGAACCGGGGGUGCUGCGAAAGGCUGCCACCGAUGCGGGAAUUUCGCGCGUCACGCUAGUGGGAGACGCAGCUCACCCGAUGACGCCGUUCAAGGCCCAGGGAGCCAACCAGGCCAUCAGCGAUGCGGUUCUGUUGGCCGAAACUCUAGCGGAUAGCGUUCGCAAAUACGGCGCUGACGAAGGCUUCGAAAAGGCGCUGCCGACGUUCGAGCAGAAGAUGCUGAACCGUUCUUCUCGCAUGGUGGUUGGGUCGAGGGAGAAGGCCAAGGAGAUGCACAGUAACUUGGCACUUCGACCGGCGAGGAAGGUUCAACGCGAGACAGACGUGGACAUGGCGCGGGUGAUUAAGAUGCUCCGCGCUAAGGGUGUGGGCGCUAAAACCUCCAACGACGAGCGGGGGCUCGAUGCAGUGGUGGCGGACGUGAUGCGUCUGUGCGCGAGCGGAGGUGUCAUGGAGGUUGUGGAAAAUGACGACAAGAAGCAAAAGCGCGAUCGGGCUCACACAAGUACCGAUGGGAAGAUUCCGUCGAAGAAGCAGAAGCUCCUGUCGCACGUCGACGGCGAGUGGGUAAAGUGCACACUGAUCAAGACCAAAGAAAACGGACAGCACAAGGUGAAGCUCAAGGGAGGAACCAAGUGUAGUCAAAGGAACCGUUAUUCGCUGGUGAAGUUGUACAUCGACGAAAAUGAGCUGACGAGCGUGCCGGCGAAGAUCGGGCAGCUCACGUCGCUGGAGUGGCUGUACCUCAGCAGCAAUCAGCUGACGAGCGUGCCGGCGGAGAUCGGGCAGCUCACGCCGCUGUGGGUGUCGUACCUCGACGACAAUCAGCUGACGAGCGUGCCGGCUGCGAUCUCAGAGCGGGGGGCUGUCUUGUGGGCAUGGAUCGGGGCGUGA